GGUGCGUGAGGGAGAGAAAAAGAGGACGGGGGGAGAGGAAGAGAGAGAUAAUACCUUCUGAAUACAUAGUGAAUGUUUUGGUUGGGCUUAAACUGAGUUGGGGGUGAGCGGUGCACAGAAACAGGGAGAGUGCAUGUUUCAUCGAGGUGGCCAUCGCCAAUUCUCCCUUACUGCCACCUGAAGACUAUCAAUUGUUCUCCUGAAGAGCAUCGCACAAAUAAGAGGAUACAUAGCCUUUCUCUAAUACUAAGAGGUGUGAGUUUGAGGAGGCGAGAGGAUGCUCAACAACAUGACAACAGACUGCGAGGAGGGAGAGGGGAGCCCCAACAAUCAGGGUGAUAGGAACCCUAAAGAGAGCAGUCCUUUCAUCAACAGUACUGCCACCAGUGAUGUGGAGAAGAGCCAGCAGUAUGACGGCAAGAAUAUGGCUCUGUUUGAAGAGGAGAUGGACACCAGUCCAAUGGUGUCCUCCUUGCUCAGCAGUCUAGCCAGCUACUCCAACUUGCCAACAGGCAGCAAAGAGCAUGAGGAGGCUGAGAAUAACGAGGAGGGUGCACGUCCAUCUAAAAAACCUAUCCAGGCACCACAACUUGGAACUCUGAUGGGUGUUUACUUACCAUGUAUUCAAAAUAUUUUUGGUGUGAUCCUCUUCCUGCGAAUGACCUGGAUGGUUGGCAUUGGAGGCGUGCUCGGUUCCUUCAUAAUUGUCUUCAUGUGUUGCUCCACAACCAUGCUCACAGCCAUUUCUAUGAGUGCCAUCGCAACAAACGGAGUGGUUCCAGCUGGAGGUUCCUACUACAUGAUCUCUCGCUCUCUUGGGCCAGAGUUUGGUGGUGCUGUUGGGAUUUGCUUUUACUUGGGCACCACUUUUGCUGGUGCCAUGUACAUCCUGGGGUGCAUUGAAAUCCUCCUGAUUUAUAUUGUUCCCCAGGCAGCCAUCUUCAAGAUCGAGGGCUUGGAAGGGCUGGAGGCAGAGGUCGCCCUUCUAAAUAAUAUGCGGGUGUACGGCACCAUUGUUCUGAGCUUCAUGGCUCUGGUGGUGUUUGUUGGGGUGAGAUAUGUCAACAAGUUGGCACUGGUCUUUCUAGCCUGUGUCAUCCUCUCCAUUCUAGCUGUCUAUGCGGGAGUCAUUAAAACCGCUAUUGACUCACCUGUCUUCCCGGUUUGCCUCUUGGGAAAUCGCACUCUUGUCUCCAAAGGCUAUGAUGUCUGCGCAAAGGUCGUUGAAAUAGACAAUGACACAGUAACCACAAAACUAUGGCGCUCGUUCUGUGAUUCUGAGUAUCUCAACGCGACCUGUGAUGAAUACUUCAUCAACAACGAUGUCACUGAGAUACAGGGCAUUCCUGGGGUUACGAGUGGGAUCCUGGCAGAAAACCUGUUUGGCAAUUAUCUGGAAAAAGGGGUAAUUGUGGAGAAGAGAGGACUUGCAUCACAAGUAGAGCCUGACAGUUCUGCUACCAACACCAACCGAUUUGUACUUGCUGACAUUACCAGCUUCUUCACACUGCUAGUGGGGAUAUAUUUCCCAUCCGUCACAGGUAUCAUGGCAGGUUCAAACCGAUCUGGAGACCUGCGUGAUGCUCAGAAGUCCAUCCCUAUUGGCACCAUUGCAGCCAUCACCACCACAUCUAUUGUGUAUAUGUCCUGUGUGGUGCUUUUUGGUGCCUGUAUAGAGGGUGUUGUCCUAAGAGACAAGUUUGGUGAAGGUGUCAAUGGUAAUUUGGUGAUCGGGACCCUGGCAUGGCCCUCUCCAUGGGUCAUUGUAAUUGGCUCAUUCUUUUCCACCUGUGGAGCAGGACUUCAAAGUCUGACUGGAGCUCCACGUCUCCUACAAGCUAUCUCAAGGGAUGGUAUCAUACCAUUUCUUCGAGUGUUUGGACAUGGUAAAGCCAAUGGAGAGCCUACCUGGGCCCUUCUGCUCACGGCUGGAAUUUGUGAAAUUGGCAUCAUUAUCGCCUCUUUGGAUGCAGUGGCACCAAUCCUUUCCAUGUUCUUCUUGAUGUGCUAUAUGUUUGUUAACCUUGCCUGUGCUUUGCAAACUUUACUGAGGACACCAAACUGGAGGCCUCGCUUUAAGUUCUACCACUGGGCUCUAUCAUUCCUGGGUAUGAGUUUGUGCCUCUCACUUAUGUUCAUCUGUUCCUGGUAUUAUGCCAUUGUUGCCAUGGGAAUCGCCACAUGCAUCUAUAAGUACAUUGAAUUCUGUGGAGCUGAGAAGGAGUGGGGUGAUGGAAUACGCGGCAUCUCUCUCAGCGCGGCUCGAUUUGCCCUCAUGAGGAUAGAGGAGGGGCCACCACACACAAAGAACUGGAGGCCUCAGAUUCUGGUUCUGGUCAGUAUGGAUGGGGAGCAGAACGUAGAACAGCCUCGUCUGCUUUCUCUAACCAAUCAGAUGAAAGCAGGGAAGGGCCUUACCAUUGUUGGCACCUCCAUUCAAGGAAAGUUUCUGGACAAUUACACUGAAGCCCAAAGAGCAGACCAGUCUUUGAGAAAAUUGAUGGAGACAGAGAAGGUUAAGGGAUUUUCCCAAGUGGUCAUAUCCUCUAAUUUGAGAGACGGGACAUCCCACUUGAUCCAGGUUGGAGGACUGGGAGGUUUGAAGCACAACACUGUGAUGGUCAGCUGGCCACGUAACUGGAAACAGCCUGAGUACCACCAACAGUUUAAAAACUUUAUUGAAGUGGUAAGAGAGACCACAGUGGCCAGUUUGGCUCUGUUGGUUCCUAAGAACAUCUGUAGCUAUCCAUCCAAUGGAGAGCGCUUCACAGAAGGACACAUAGAUGUGUGGUGGAUUGUCCACGAUGGAGGCAUGCUAAUGCUACUGCCCUUCCUCCUGCGUCAACAUAAGGUGUGGAGGAAAUGCAAGAUGCGCAUUUUUACUGUGGCUCAGAUGGACGACAAUAGUAUCCAAAUGAAAAAUGAUGUCAUUACGUUCCUUUAUCACCUGCGCAUUGAUGCCGAGGUGGAAGUGGUGGAGCUGUAUGACAGUGACAUAUCAGCCUACACCUAUGAAAAGACACUAGUAAUGGAACAGCGCUCACAAAUCCUCAAGCAAAUGCAUUUGACCAAGAAUGAGAUGGAGCGAGAGAUCCAGAGCAUAACAGAUUCCUCCCGCGGGUCCAUCCGCCGUAAAAAAACGUCUGCUCCACGCUCCCAGCCCAGUAUCGAGGAAGGAGGCAGAAUGACUGAACAACCAGAAGAAGAGGUCCAGCUUAUUCACAGUAAGAACACCUCCUCACCUGCUAGCCCCACCAGCCUCACAGCACCUGCAGGGGGCGGAGCCACCUGGACAGACAGCAAGGGAGUAGACAAGGGGAAGAACAUGGAUGGAGGAAAAGACCUCUUCAGCAUGAAGCCGGAGUGGGAACACUUGAACCAGACAGAUGUGAGGCGCAUGCACACGGCCUUGCGGCUCAAUGAGGUCAUCACAAAGAAGUCCAAGGAGGCGAAGCUUAUCCUGCUCAACAUGCCAGGUCCCCCAAAAAAUCGUGUGGGAGAAGAAAACUACAUGGAGUUCCUUGAGGUGCUCACAGAGGGCCUCAAUCGGGUUCUCCUGGUCCGAGGAGGUGGUCGUGAGGUCAUAACCAUCUACUCCUGAACGUCCUGAAAUCUGAUGUUUUACUGUGAGGCUCUUCCUGGCUGCAAAACCACUUUUUAACUUCCUUUCAACUGUUCUAGUUAUGUUAUGUAUUUUUUGGGGGGUCUUUUUCUUGUACAUUUUGCCGAUUGUACCCAAUAUUUAUUCAUCUUAUGUGUUGUUUGUUUUAUGUCUUCAAUGUUUUUUAUCAAAGCACGCUUAUUUGAACGAUGAUGGUACAGUGAAAGUGGUGUCAUGUUAGAUGAAAGUUUAUUGUUUAUUGAGUUUUUCAAUUAUAAACACUACAUUUCUAACCUCAUAGAGUGGUGAAUAAUCAUACACACUAAACAUUGCUGGGUUAUAUAUCUACCCAAAUGCUGGAUACAGCCUUUUGGGUCAUAUUUAUGGGUUAUUUCUAAAAAGUUGGGUAGUUUUUGAGACCCAACCAGGAACUCAGCUGGUCGUUUUUUGUUUUUUUUUGACACACCCAUUAAAUAUAUUCAUCCAUCCA